AUGAAGGAAACCCCAGCAGAGGAUCUCCUUGAUAUGGAGCUGGAAUUUCUGGUGGUGAUCCUUCAGAGGAAUGAUGGAGGGGGAUCUUUACCCCCAGGGGGGAUCCAUGCGAGUCUGGUGAAUGUGAGCGUGUUGCUGUUGAGUCUGUCGUCACCGGACGAAUCCAGUUUGAAAUAUGAGGUGGAGUUCCUACUGCAUUUGUUCUGGAUGGACACCAGACUGGCCCACAAUGAGACCACAGGUCACAAGUACCUGAAUGGAAUUCACCACCAGCAGCAUGUCUGGCUUCCAGACAUUUACUUCCUGAAGCAUGGCGACUUCAAGCACCCUACAGAACCUGUCCACAUUGCUCUAAGGAUCUAUGGGAAUGGCACCAUACACUACACUGCC